AUGGAUUCAUUCAAAGAGUUCCAUAAGAGUCUUCUGAGAAUCAAACAUGGCUCAUGUGGUGUUGUUCAGGCAAUCUGUAGUGCUGGUGAUGUCCUGGAAGAUGAUCCAGUGGGAAGAUUAAAAGUUUUUGUUUAUGAGCUUCCCAGCAAAUACAACAAAAAAAUUUUGCAGAAGGAUCCCCGAUGUCUCAACCACAUGUUUGCUGCGGAGAUCUAUAUGCACCGAUUUCUCUUAUCUAGCCCCGUCAGAACUCUAAAUCCUGAGGAAGCUGAUUGGUUCUACACCCCUGUAUAUUCCACCUGUGACCUCACACCAAAUGGAUUGCCUUUACCCUUCAAGUCGCCACGUGUGAUGAGAAGUGCGAUACAGCUUAUUUCUUCUAAUUGGCCUUAUUGGAACAGGACAGAAGGGGCUGAUCAUUUCUUCAUUGUGCCCCAUGAUUUUGCUGCAUGCUUUCAUUAUCUAGAGGAAAAAGCAAUUGAAAGAGGUAUUCUUACAUUGCUUCAGCGUGCUACCCUGGUUCAAACUUUUGGACAGCGAAAUCAUGUUUGCUUAAAGGACGGCUCCAUCACAAUUCCUCCUUAUGCUCCUCCACAGAAAAUGCAAACCCACUUGAUUCCUCCAAACACUCCUCGGUCCAUCUUUGUUUACUUUCGAGGAUUGUUUUAUGAUGUGGGAAAUGACCCCGAAGGUGGUUAUUAUGCGAGAGGUGCACGAGCAGCAGUAUGGGAGAACUUUAAAGACAAUCCGCUUUUUGACAUCUCCACAGACCACCCAACAACUUACUACGAAGACAUGCAAAGAGCCAUAUUUUGUUUGUGUCCACUUGGGUGGGCGCCAUGGAGUCCGAGAUUGGUUGAAGCAGUGAUAUUUGGUUGCAUUCCGGUUAUCAUUGCAGAUGACAUCGUUUUACCAUUUGCUGAUGCCAUCCCUUGGGAAGAAAUUGGGGUCUUCGUUGCAGAGAAGGAUGUUCCAAGUCUAGACACCAUUCUCACUUCUAUACCAACAGAAGUAGUGCUGAGGAAGCAGAGAUUGCUUGCCAACCCUUCUAUGAAACAGGCAAUGUUAUUUCCGCAACCAGCUCAAUCAGGUGAUGCGUUCCAUCAAAUUUUGAAUGGACUCGCUCGUAAGCUGCCGCACAACAAGAGCGUUUUCCUGAAGCCGGGUGAGAAGAUGUUAAACUGGACUGCAGGCCCAGUGGGUGACCUGAAACCUUGGUAG